AUGUUGGUAGAAGGAAAAAGUAGUGGGGUGACUAAAAAGUGCACCAGCAAAAGUAACAUGUGCAAUGAAGGUGAACAUAUAAGUAUUAUUCCAAAGACCGUAUCCUUCAACGAAACAAAAAACAAAGUACAUAUCAUAGCUGCAAAACACUUUGGUGUGCCGAGAACUACCUUGUUUCGAUUAUGCCAGAAAAACGAAUCACCGCCAGAAGAAGCCGCAGCUACUACACAUGGGAGGAAAACCGUUUUAGGGACAACCGUUGAAAAUCUUUUGGUAGACUACAUUUUGACGAUGGAGGGCAAAUUCUACGGCUUGACGAGAAACGAUGUUCGAAGAAUGGCGUACAUGUUGUCAAAACGUAAUCAGUUGAAAAAUCCAUUUGGUGAAACGGGAUUGGCUGGAAAGAAAUGGCUUAAGCUAUUUCUUAAGCGCCAUAAGGACAAACUAUCAGUGAGAAAACCAGCUGGCACAUCUUUUGCUCGAGCAUUUGGAUUCAGCAAAGAAAAAUUCAAACAUUUCAUUAAACAUACCAACCCUACUCCGGAAUCGAAAGUAUUACUGAUCUUGGAUGGUCAUUUUUCUCAUACUCGUAACAUCGACGUGAUAGAUCUUGCUAGGGAAAAUAAUGUAGACAUUGUGUCCUUACCUCCUCGCACAACCCACAAGCUCCAGCCACUAGAUAAGACGUUUAUGGGACCUCUCAAAACGUAUUACAGUGAAGAAAUACGAAUGUGGAUCAGAGACAAUAAUAGACCACUAAGCCCUUAUGAUAUGACGGAGCUGUUUGGUAGGGCUUAUUUAAAAGUACAAACGAGUGAGAUAGCAGCCAACGGAUUUCGGGUUACAGGACUAUGGCCAUUGAAUAAAAAUAUUUUUACCGCGGUCGACUAUCUUGCUGCGCAAGAAGAUGCAGUUAAAGAUGGUUGCACAGUAGAUGUUACACCAAUGACAUUAAGUCUCCAACCUUUAGAAGAAUCGAUGGUCAAUCUUAGCACACCUGCUGAUGGAUCCGUUUCUCCAUAUGACAUCAGUCCAGUACCAAACAAGAAAAGGAAACCUUCUAAUAGAGGAAGAAAAGCAUCUGUUGCAGCAGUCAUCACAUCGUCACGUUACAGGGAGGAUCUCAUAGAAAAAAAUGAUGAUGAGGAGAUGAUGAUGUUUGAUACAGACAGUGAGCCCGAUGCCUUGAUAGGAAAUACAGCUCCAGACUCUGAAGAUGCGGAGUGUAUUUUCUGUGGCAUGCUGUUUUCAAAUGACACCCAUGGGGAAACAUGGGUCAAGUGCCUCAUGUGUGGGCUCUGGGCACAUAAUGAUUGCGCAGGACCAGAGUCUGAUGCCUGGAUUUGUGAGUUUUGCAAAUAA